CUUCCCGUAUCGAGGGCGGAUCGCUUCCUGCUUCUAUGCGCAAAAGGAGCGCAAAGAGGGAGGUUUCUCUUGCAAAAGCGAGCUAAAACCAUGAAGCUUUCCCUCCGGAAGAUCCCACUCUUUCGGUUGUCUUUACCUCAUCAGAGCCGUCAAAAAUGCCAUCGCUUCCCUCCCCAUUCGACGAAUUCCCGCUCUUUUCAUGCUUUCCAAUCUAACUCCACAAGUGGUUGCCUUGAUUUUUCGUAUGCCGACGAGAGAACGGAGAAUGGGUGUUGGGCGUCGCAUAAAAUUCGUGGGUUUCCUCCAUGUUCAUGUCCUUUUGUCAAUGGGCGCUUCGCCAGGAGAGAGUACGGAUCCCAACCAGAGCUUGAGCACAGGACCUCCGAUGGACUCACCGUCGACGAUAUCGUCGCCCGUGGCUGGCCGAUCCUCGAUGAGAACGAAAGCGAUUGGAGGAGCCACGCUGCCGCGAUAGCGCAGUCGAUCCAACUCAUGAAAAAACGUUUACAGUGGAACCGGAUGUUAGUCAGGUUAGAUCAAUUGUCUGAGCACUUGAAUAAGCCAAACCUUUGGGACGACCCAGUCAAUGCUGGAAAGCUUAGUCGUGAGCAUGGCUUCUUGAUGGGAAAAAUGAAGGAGGUUACCAGUUUUCAGCAAGAACUGCUCGAGAACAUUGACAUGCUGAAGCUUGCAAGGGAAGAAAAUGAUUACAUGUUAGAAGAAGAAUACCUGAAGGCAUUGCAUAGAAUGAGAAAGAAUGCAAAGGAGAAAGAACUUGAAGCACUGCUAGCAGGGGAACAUGACUCCUGUUCCUGUUUUAUUGAGGUUCAAGCUGGAGCUGGAGGAACAGAGAGCAUGGACUGGGCAUCAAUGGUUAUGCACAUGUAUAAGAUGUGGUCAACUCGACGUGGAUUCAAUGUUACUUUAGUUGAUGAAAUGCCUGGCGAGGUUGCUGGAAUCAAGCGGGCAACAAUUAAAGUUGAUGGAGACAAUGCAUUUGGUUAUGCCAAGGCAGAGGUUGGUGUGCAUAGAUUGGUGAGGAUAUCACCUUUUGAUAGUGCGAAGCGUCGGCACACUUCUUUUGCUGCUGUUGCUGUUAUACCUAUCCUGGCCGAUGCUUCUUCUAGAUUCCAGAUCAAUGAGUCUGACCUUCGUAUAGAACGAUUUCGUGCUAGUGGAGCUGGAGGUCAGCAUGUGAAUACAACAGAAAGUGCAGUGAGAAUAGUGCAUAUUCCAACACAAAUAUCUGCUGUUUGUCAAAAUGAAAGGUCACAGCACCAAAACAAGGCCAUGGCUAUGGCCGUGCUUCAGUCUCGGUUGGAUCAACUUGAGAUGCAACGGCAGGCACAGUUGAAUGCCAAACAUACCCAGUCCCUCACUGAUAUUAAUUUUGGAAACCAGAUUCGCUCAUAUGUCCUCCAUCCUUAUCGCAUGGUGAAGGAUCUCCGGACAAAUUAUGAAGUAUCAGACUCUGAUUCUGUUCUUCAAGGCGAUAUUGAUGGUUUCAUCUUAAGUUACCUAUCUGAAUCCAUGGAUAAAGGUGAAGGUAGCAUGUGACAAUAACAGAUCUCGCGAUAUCUCCCAACUUAAUUUGGCUCUCAUGCAACAUCAAAGCAUUCUUCUUCAGGAUUGCAUGAAAGAUCUUUUGUAUUCUCAAGUAUCCAAAGCUGACAAGGAUAUUUGAUUUUGGGCUACAAUCAAGGGGUGCAUGCUAUGAAUUUGUCUCAUUCUCCGUCAUUCUUAAUUCAGCUGCUAGUUGCAGCAUCAGACGUGCCAUAAAACUUGUUGGCUUCAAAUGGUCUAAAAUAGGAGGGCACUAGCAGGAGAGAAAUAUGGUUUUCUGUUGUAGGGCUGAGAUACUUCAGCAAUGAGGGGAAAAUGAUGUAACUGUUAAGGAGCUAUGAGGCUCUAUCGGAGCCCCGACAAGGAUUGUCUGUAAAAAUAAGGUAUCACAGAAGUUGUUGAAGUGAAAGCUCUACAUGUACCAUUCUGGUGUUUGCAAAAGACUUGAAAGAAAAAGGCCAAACCCCGCCAGCUUCCUUUGCUUUUA